CAGAUGACAGAUCUGUUGUUGAUUUUUGCGAAAUAGUUAGGUUAUUUCUAAUUAUUAAAGGAGUUGAGGUGUUUUUGUAUCUAUAUUUUAAUAGAUUUAAACAGUACUUAUAAGAUUUUGAGUUUAUUAUCCACAAGGCAACAUAAAUUUAAUGACAGUACCGGAAUUUUCAUAAUUAUUACAAGGUACAAGGUAACUAAGGUUUUUUGGAAAACGAAUUCAAGAACACAGCAAUGAAUUUCUUUAAAAAGGCUCCUACAGUAAAAGAAUUGCAACGUCAAAAUGAUCGUGAACUACGCAAAGCCGGUAGAGAACUGGACAGGGACAAGGCUAAUCUGGAAAGAGAAGAAAAAAAACUGGAAAUGGAAAUAAAGAAACUAGCAAAUGAAGGCAACGGUGAAGGUUGUAAGAUAUUGGCCAAACAACUGGUUCAGUUGAGAAAGCAGAAGACUAGAAUUUAUGCUGCUAACAGCAAGAUAGCUGGGGUCAGUACUCAGAACAAGGCGAUGGGGGCAAACAUUGCCAUCGCCAAUGCCAUGGGCACCACGGCUCGGACUAUGGGCAACAUGAACAAAGUAAUGAACCCACAACAGAUAGCGAAAGACAUGGAGGCUUUCAAGAUGGCGAACGCCAAGAUGGAUAUGACUGAUGAGAUGAUUUCAGACACGCUGGACGACAUAAUGGGUGAGUCUGGCGACGAGGAGGAGACGGAGGGCAUCGUGAACCAGGUGCUGGACGAGAUCGGCAUCGAGAUCAGCGGGAAGAUGGCGGACGCCCCAUCUGUGGCGCGCGGCAAGCUGGGCGCGUCCACGGCGGCCGACAAGGAACUCAUGGCGCAACUAGCCAAACUGAAGUCGUAAACCAAAAUGUGCUAACUCUUACAUACUGUACUAUCGGGAAAUCGGCUUACUAGAACUGCUCCAAGCCCGCAACACCGGAUAUUUUAAUAAAUAGGGAAUUAAUUUCCCUGUUGGUACAGUGAGCUUCAUUAUGUAAGUUAGCUAUAAGUUCACUAGCAUCUUGUCAUCCGAUGCGACGGCGGCGGCGGUAAGGCCGUAUACAGAAAAAAAGCCCGGAACCUUUAAUUUUAUUCAGCAAUUUGCUUGGUUUUAAGGUUUUCUUAGUUAUUGUAUGACCAACGCUGACAAGAUUAUAAGUAUCCAGCUAUCUUUCUGUAUACGACAUAAGGUUGCGAAAUUUACAUAAUACAUUUAUAAAAACCAUUGGAUGUGAUUUUUGUAUAUAUGCGAAUUGAUUGAGUAAUUUCGUUUAUUAAAAGCCGAUGUAAAAAAUAUUGUCUUUGAUCAUUUCUGAUCAGGAAAACCGAAAGGGUGAAAAAGUAAUCCCUAUUAUAUUGAGGUUGUAUUAUCUGUUUACAUUUUCUUAAAGCAAUGAACUUCCGAUUUGUAAGAUAGGUAUAUAAUAUAUCACAAUUAGGUUUUAAUAAUAAGAUAGAUAAAUGGCACUGGCACCCAUUCAGAGUUUUUUAAACUCGGAUAAACUGCAUAUUUAUUGAGUUCAUUAUGCCAAAUAUCAUUCCCGAACUUUCCAUGUUGUGCAUUAGGCGUUAAUUUCAUAAUAUUCGAUUUGUAUUAAGAAGACUUCUGUUCUAAUUAUGAAACUUCACUUCUAUUUAAAUUUUAUUAGCACUGUUCAAAUAGACAACAAAACUUAAGAAUGUCAAAAGCUAAAAAAAAAACUGUCCGGAGUUAAGUUAAUGUAUUUUUUUUGUUAGAAAUUAAAGCGGAUGAUUAUGAUGAACACAUAAUUAUUCUGAAUACGGCACUUGUAUAGUUAAUGGUAAUAUUAAGUACUUAUGUUGAAUAAUGUUAAAUAAAAUGUGGUUAUUUUUGUCCAUAUAAUGUGAAAAUAAUGAUCUGUGAUAUUUUUGUAUUAUAUGAUGCAUUCAAACUA